GGCAUGUCUCGCCGCGUGGCUUUGUGUCGUGAGUCGAUGACGGUGGAGAGGAACGAAAGGACGAAAAGGCACUGAGCCUGAGGCAGCCUGUGCACCGCCAACCGGAAGCCGCUACGCGCAAACCCCACGCGCCAGCCUCCUCUCCACCGCCCAGCCUCUUUCACACGUCCGCCGCCAUGUUUAACCGCCCGGCGAGCCCGCAGCGCCUUGCUGCUUGCUGCAACUACUGUAAUCUCUCGCUGACUGCUUCUUCUGCUUCUUCUUCUUUCUCCGUCCAUGUUUGCUGCAGCUAGCAACUAAUCGUCUUCUUCUCCUCUCGUCGUCGCAACGUCGUACAGCUCGAGCUCCCCCCCACACCAGCUUCAGCCUUCCAGCGCAACAGCCCCCGCUCAGCUCGUACUCCUUACCGAACCACCGCCAGCUCAAUCUCUGCAACCCGCGCCCUCGUACCACCAUGGCUCUCUCCGGCUUCCUGUUCAUUUGCUGGCGCAUACUUGAGAUUCUAACUCUCAUCCCGACGCUGGGCAUGCUGGCCUGGUUCGUCAAGGGCUACGUCUCGCUGAACACGCUCACGCCCGACUUCAUAUUACUGCUCUUCAUAACGUCGGUGCUAGCCGCGGCGUGGGCCAUCGCGACUCUGGUGGGAUACUUGCGCGUCCGUCACUCGGCCCUCUUCGUCGCGAUCGUCGACCUUGCUUUCGUCGGUUGCUUCAUCGGAGGUGUCUAUCUGUUGCGCUUCGUCAGCGAUGCCAACUGUUCCAGCAACGCUCCGGGCGACUGGUACUACAAGCUCGGCAUGGUGGGCUACUACGGACGCAGCUCCAACACCGACUGGUCGAUGCACCCGCACAAGACGUGCUCGAUGCUCAAGGCCUGCUUUGCCUUCGGCAUCAUGAACUGCAUCUUCUUCUUCACCACUUUUCUCCUCGCUCUUCUGGUCCACCGUCACCACCUUACCGACGUCGUCCAUGUCAAGCGCAGCUCCACGCACUACUCCCGUCACAGCCACCGCAGCCGCAGCCGGGACUACCCGCCAAGCCCCAGGCGCUCGCACCACAGCAGUCGCAGGGCGUACGUUUAAGACGAAGCCAGGAAACCCUUUGAGAUACCGCGGGUUGGCCUUUCUGAGGUCUUGGAGGAUGUAGAUGAUGUAACGGCCGGAAUAGCGCUAUCAGCGUUCAGCGAGAUACGACAAGGUUCAUGAAACCAAGCCUUACGAGACACGAUUUGGACUUACGAUUAUUUUGCAUUACCUUUUUCCCCCUAAUAAUACCCCAACAUGUAGAUAUCCAGAGCGGCUUCCACCCAGCGAUGACGACACGGGUGUUUCUCGGUCCGCAUGCUGCAAUUCAAAUUCAAUUCAUCCCCAACC